CUUAAUUAACAAAAGCCAAUCCAUAGCUAUGAGGUUUUGCAUGAGCAGUGCUGUCCUUCUGGGGCUUCUUCUCCUUCUUCCAAUGGUUGCAUUAUCAAGAUCCAUUGGACGGUCUCACUCACGUCACAGCCAUCAUCAUCCAACACGGCCAACAGGUGGAGAUGCUGCUACUUCGAUGGGAAAAGUCUACUACUACAACCAGGAAAGGAGGAUGAGGUCCGGGACUCUUGAGAUUGCAGGCUCUAGAUUGCCUGAUUGCUCGCAUGCAUGUGGGUCAUGCAAGCCAUGCCGGCUAGUGAUGGUGAGCUUCAUGUGCGCUUCUUUGGAAGAGGCAGAGACAUGUCCUAUGGCUUACAAAUGCAUGUGUAAUAGCAAAUCAUACCCAGUUCCUUGAAUCCAUUCCUCCUUUACACUACACAAACAUCUACUGUAGGACUUGUAUUUUUUUUUUUUUUUUGGGUUUCUCCUUCUUCGAGUGCGAGAGAGUGGGCAUUUUGGCGUCCCUUCUGUAAUAUGAGAGUUUUUGGUUAGUAUGUAAUAGCGUUAGUAUUAAAAAUGUAUUAUUAUUAUUAUUAUU